GCACUCUGUAACUCAGUCCCAUCGCGCGUACCGUACUGCUUGCAUUCGUCUGACGUCGCGCGUCCCGUCCUGUCGUCGUCUCGUGUGCCAGUCCGUCCGUACGACCGCAAACCAAUUUUCCAGUGAUUGUUUUUUUCGUUCGUCAUUUAUAAUAUAAUAAAUUGUCUUACAAUUGUGCGCGUGUUUAUUUGUCGUUUUGCUCGUCCAGCAAUAUCGCAGUGCGAGUGUCUUCGGUCACGAACCAUAAUUUUACCGUCGGGUGAAAAAACUGUUCAAAUAUCCGACGAGCGCGCGCGGCGAUUUUCAUCCCCCGUCGUCUGGGCUCGAUAGAAGCAUCUCGUCCAGAAAAUCAGAUCUUCCACAGCAGACUACAAUCGCAUUCGAGACCGGCACAUUCAUCGUCUCUCUGGAAUCAUGGACGGUCCUCCACACAUGGGUAAUUUCGAUUUCAUACUGGACCAUCACCAUCACCAUCACCACGGUCGCACCCUCGAGUCGUCCGUGUCACCGCCAGCCGCCGUGGUCAUGCAACAGCAACAGCAACAGCAAACUCUCCAGCAACAGCAGCAACAACAGCAACAGCAACAGCAGCAGCAGCAGCUCCCGGGUAAGGCCGAUCACAUCAAGCGGCCAAUGAACGCGUUCAUGGUUUGGGCGAAAAUUCAGCGCCGGCUCAUCGCCCACGACAACCCGAAAAUGCAUAACUCUGAGAUCAGCAAGCGUCUGGGCGCCGAGUGGAAGCUGCUCAACGAGACCGAGAAGCGGCCUUACAUCGACGAGGCCAAGCGGCUGCGGGCGCUGCACAUGAAGGAGCAUCCAGAUUACAAGUACCGUCCCCGGCGCAAGCCCAAGAUCCAGUUGCAUAAUAAUAACAACAAUAACAACAACAUAAGCGGCGCUCACAACAACAACGGUGGCAUGCUGCACGGGUCCGCCGGCAACAACAACUUGCACCAUCACCAUAGCUCGCAUCAUAAACAGACGAAUUUUCAUACCUUUCCAGUAGUCUCCGCCGGUGGUGGGCCAGGCGGAGCUUCAAACUUCAAUUUCCCGAUGCCAUACUUCUCGACCGCCCAUCACCCGGCCCUGCACUCCUUCGACGGUUACUCGUCGGCAGGACUCGUCAGCCCGUACCUGAGCACAGCCAUGCCUUCUUUCGAUCCACUUCACCUGUCCAAACUCGUGGCCCAGCAACAGGCCGUCGUGGCACAGUCUGGCGGUGGAGGUUCCCCAUCGCCGUCGUCGCAGAUGGCCGGCUCGCCGCCGCCCGCAGACAUAAACGUGGUGAACGGCCUGCAGCAACCGCUGCAACCGCACCUGCACCAGCAGCAACAGCAACAGCACCACUUGCAGUCGCCUCACAACAAGAACGGCGGCGCGGCCGUGGUCAGCUCGUUUUACAAUCAGUUCUAUCAGCCAGGCGCCGGUUCGGGCAAGCCAGGACCGUACCCGCACCAUCCGAUGAGCAUUUUCCCAUCGCCGUUCUCGUUCUACAACAACGGCGGUGGCGCGGGCGCGGGCUCUGUGGACGACCACCACGGCCAGCAGCACCACCACAGCCAGUCGGCCGCCGCGGCCGCUUUCGCCGUCCAGCAGCACCACCACCAGCAGUUGCAGUUGCAACAGUUGCAGCAGCAACACCAACAGCAUCUGCAGCAGCAGCAACAACAACAGCAGCAGCAGCAGCAGCAGCAACAACAACAACAGCAGCAGCAGCAGCAACAGCAACAGGAGAGACCCGGGUCCACGUCGUCCGACAUGGAAAACGAUCCGACCAGACAAGUUCCUAACGCCGCCAACUCCAACAUUCAUUGAACAGUUUUCGCACCGUCCGCCAACUCCGCCACCGCCACCAACCUUGUCCGGUUUUUUUGGUAUAUAUUUAUUAUGUUUUUUUUUUUUUUUUAUAUAUAACUGCGAUCUCGUCGAUGCCGACGAUUGAUUUAGUUUUUAUUUCAAUUUUGUCCGCGCGCUCCUUUUUUUCGCUAAACGCGUACACGUUUUUAUGAAUUUAUCACCACCCCGCGUGGUAGUUGUUACCCUCCCCUCACCCCCCGCCCCCAACCAAUUUGCCAAAACCGGAUUUUAGUAUGUAUUAUUUGUUUUAUUUUUUUUUUUUUGCGUCGCCGUCGACUGUUUUAUCUCCUAGAGCGGAUCUCCCCCCCCCCUUCCCCCACCUCCCCUUUUCUCAUUCCGUCGCCGACGUGUGUAAAUCCGUGGUUUUUAAUACCCGCAAUCGAUAGAGUGUGCCGUUUGCACCGUGCGCGCGACAACUAGCUAUACGAACUAUACAUAUUGAUAAUAAUUAUCCUCCUCGUUAUGACAAGUGUACGCCAAUUUAAGUUUGAUAACAAUUAUGAAUAAUUAAACUGUAAUAUGAUUUGUGUUUGGGCGCCGGCCCGCUGGCCUGCACCCCUACCCCCCCGCCCGCGCUCGCCAUUAUUUGGCUUUUUAAAUAUCAAAUUCGGAUCUGAAUUCGUGGAAAAUGACUUUGGUCCCGAUUCAGCUUCUACGCCAUGUAAAACGAUAAUAAUUUACACGAUGAUAAUAUUUACUUUUCAUUUGUCUCAUUUAUGAUUUAUAACACAUUAUUAUGUUUAUUGUGUAUGUGUAUGUGUCGCCGAACACUUUUUUUUUUUUGUUUGCCUAUUUAUGAUUUAUUCAUAUUAAUAAUAUAAUAAUAAUUGCUGAAUAUGAUGUUAACGUUACCGGCGAUGUUUUGUUCGCCAGUAAUGCGCACAAUAUUGUUUGACAAAGAUAAUAAUAAUAUUUUUACUAUCGGAUGUACGGACCAUCGUUCGAGCGGCGGCGGAUCCUCCUCCUCCGACUCCGACUCCGACUCCGACUCCGCGAUAUCUCAAACAAUAUUGAUAAGUGUUACACGUGUGUAUACUUGUCUUAGUAUACUUUCCUAUAUAUUUAUAUUUUAUUUAUAUAUAUAUAUAUAUAUAUAGAGCUGUGUUGUAAAUAUUCAAUUAAAACUCAUGAUGAUAAUAAUGAUAACUAUUGUUAUUAUUCUUACCUAUAAACUAUCGAUUAUUAUACACGCAUAUACUCGACGAUAAUAAUAAUAUGUUGUUUGAAAUUAAAUUUACAUAAUACCUACAUAUUAAUAUUUACCUAUUAUUAUAAUAAACCCUAUUGUUGUUAUUAUUAUAUCUAAUUAUUAUUAUUAUUAUUACAAAAUACGAUUUGACUUACUGUUGUGUAUUAAGCCGUAGUAUAAUAAUCCCGUGUUUCGCCAGUGUGCGUGUGAAGGCGUACGGGUGUGUGUGUGUGUGUGUGAGCACAUGAUAUGACAACAUUGUGCUGCGCGUUAAUAAUAAUAAUAAUCCAAAUAUAAAAUAAUAUUGCUAAUAGUGAUAUCAUCAUUAAUUCGACGAUAGCCAAUUUUUUAUCACCGCAAUAGACCGAUAUUUUUUUACUUUCGUUUGCCAAUUACAUUUACAAUUACAUACAUUCGUGUCUUAACCGUUCCGAACUCUUUACAACACUAUAAAUGUAUUGGUUUCAUUAAUAAUGAUUCAUUAUUCUCAUCCGUAUUAUAACUUGUGCGUGCUAUGAUAACGAUUUUUUUGGGCUCGAGUCGACCGCCACUUCUCACGCGGAACUCAAUAAUAUUGCAUCCUCUUUAGUGGAUUUAGUUUCGGUUUUUUAUUUUACUCAUCUCCAAAUUAAUGAAUACUUGAAGACGGUCGCGGUUUUUGCUUUUUUGGGUUCGAUUUAACCGUCCGGCGCGCGCCGAGACGACGGGUUUAUUUUUCGUAUUCCACCCUCUCGACCCACCCACCCACCCACCAGGUGGAGACCAUACACCACUCUUCACCAUCGCGGGGUCGAGAGAUUGUACCAAAAUGCACACACGCGCUCGCGCGAACACACACGCGUGCACAAUAUAUAAUAUUUUAUAUAUAUUAUAAUAUGUAGUGACCUACGCUUUGUUGUUAUGUAUUUUUUUAUCAUGUGUACACGCGCGGCAAAACGUGUGUGACCAAACCUGUUGACCCGUUUUUAUUUAUUUAUUAUUAUUAUUAUUAUUUUUUCUCAUUUUUUUUUAAGUAGUCUUUAAGUGCCAAAAUAAAUGUUUGAAUGUGUUAAAAAAAAAAAAAAAAAAUGUCACUUAUUUUGCUGAAUUAUUCAUGAAGAAUUUGUGUAAUAAUAUAAAAUAGCUUAUGAAGAUUGAAGCAUAUAUUUAUAUAUAAAUAUAUAUACCUUGUGUGUGCGUAUACAUGUUAUAUAUAUUGUGUGUAUUAUAUGCUUGUGUCGAACUUGUAAAAAUUAAAAUGUCAUAUGGAAACUACUUUGGGAAAAAUUAUUAUAUUCGAAAUAAAUUUGACCUGAAACACAGGUUAAUAUUGAAAAUA